AUGGCUCUGGCGAGCUAUGUUUUCGCAGCGCAAUGGGUGAGCGGUCCCCUCUGUAUUUGACUCGCAGUUGGUUCAUCGCUUAAGUUGUUGACAUGAGCGUACUUGGCGUCGUCUAGAAGGUACCCCAUCCAGGCGUUGUUGUGCUCAAAAUGGACGAACUAUCCGCUCAACAAGGAAGGAAAGGAGUGCUUUGUGUGA